CCUACCCAUGCAGUGAGACCCAGGCUCCUGGGCCCGGGCAGUCAGUGGACUGCUGUCCAGACACAGGUCAUGAGUGGUGGGUACGACCUCAGCCUCUUCGCUAGUCCUCCCGACUGCCGCUUCCUGUGCUCUGUGUGCCACGGAGUUCUCAAGAGACCAGUGAGGUUGCCAUGCAGCCACAUCUUCUGCAAGAAGUGCAUUCUCCGGUGGCUAGCCAGACAGAAGACCUGUCCGUGCUGCAGGGAAGAAGUGAGAAGGAGAAAGAUAGUCCACGUGGGUAGACUGCGCAAGGCCAUCGGCCGCCUGGAAGUCAAGUGCAAGAACGCAGAGGCUGGCUGCUUGGCGACAUGCCCCCUGGCCCAUCGCAAGGGGCACCAGGACUCAUGCCCAUUUGAGCUGACCGCCUGUCCCAACGAGGGCUGCACUGCGCGAGUGUCCCGUGGGACCCUGACUGAGCACCGACAGCACUGCCCACAGAAUGCCCAGCAGCACUGCCCCCUGGGUUGUGGGGCCACUCUGGGCCCAGCCGACCGUGCGCAACACAACUGCUACCGCCAGCUGCGGGACGCCUGGUGCGAACGCCAGGAACGCAGUCGGGCCCUGCUGCUGUGCCUGCUGCGGCGCGUGCGCCGGGCACACCGCACCACCAACCUCAUCCGCAGGCAGCUGGUCCAGCUCGGCAGCUUCCUGGGGGAAGAUGACACCCUGCUAGCAGGCGACCCGCAGGAGGAGGCCACAGCCACUCCAGGGGGCAGUGCUGGGGCUGAGCUGUGAGAGGCCCGGGGUACCCUGUGAAUAGAGGGGUAAAUAAACAUGCAGCCCAGGCCCUGCCCGCCUGCCUCGCUGCCCACGCCUCCAGGCACCGCUCAC